ACAGCUAAGUCCCCUCCUGUUCCCUGAUUAAGAGGUGAUGACCACUCCACUACCAUUGUCAACUCUCUCCUGACAUGAACUGAAUGUUUCCCUUCCAAGCACUUCAAAUCCUGUCCUGAAGUCAAGUCUCUGAACAGCUCAACUCAUGCCUCAUACCCAUUUAAUCGCUGCUGUGGUCCCUCCCAACACUGUGUGAAUGAUUGAGAAUCAGAGCGAUCUCCAUGCUGUGAGACCCCACCCCAUGCUCCUCCCUCCUCUCAGGGGAUGGCCAAGGUCCAGGAUGGACACACAAACACAUGUGACAGCCCUGCGAUGUUAGAAGAGAGCCAGGAUGGUAUGGACAGUGGUAGCCUGACUCCUGGCCCAGCUUCAGCUCGACAGGUCUGCAUUCAGCGCCACCCCAGCCAAGGCUUCGGAUUCAUAGCAGGCAGCCAGAGACCAGUCAUCGUACGCUCUGUCUCUGCAGACGGCCCGUCCAUCGGCAAGCUUCUCCCUGGAGACCAGAUCCUGGCCAUCAAUGAGGAGGUGGUGAGCGAGGCUUCCCGGGAGAGAGUCAUAGACCUUAUGCUGCAAAGACUCCAUAGUUCUCACCGUGCUGCAGCCUCACCAGUCACCUAAGUCAGCCUUCAUAAGUGCAGCUAAGAAGGCCCAUCUGAGAACUAACCCGCCCAAAGUGCGCUUUUCAGAGCAAGUGUCCUUCAGUGA